CGGAGGUGGCGGGGAGCGGGUGCUGCUGCUGCUGCUGCGCUGGCCGGCGGGGAGGAGGGGAUAACGGGGGACUCUCCACUCCAAAGGGGCGGUGGACGAAAGCUAAUAACUUCAAACAAAACCCGAGCUUGAUUUAAUCUGGACAGAACUUUAUUAAUCAGCUGCGUUAAAAGGCUCAUAUUCUAGCUCUGCGGGCUCGAAGGCCUGAGGAUUUGAGUGAUUAUUGGAUAGAGUUUCAGUCAACACACAGACAAGCCCUUUAAAUGACGGAUAAAUGCUCGGAAGACUAUGCUGUAAGGGGUGUUUCUUCUGUUGACUAUCUGAACUGUCACACCGGGUUCAUUUAUGACGGAUUCGGACAUUUAAACCACUGUUAAAAAGAAGGUUUAUCUCACUUAGCUUUGCGGUUCUAAACUCGCUCAUUCACAAUUAAUCUAUAUUAGCAGUUAGCAUACACGGCUAAUUUAAAGAAAUAAAUCCGUAUUCAAUAAUCUCGGAUCGAUAUUUUAAAUUGAAGUGCUGUCAGUCCCGUGUUUUAUAUCCGGUUGUAUUUAUAACUUAGGUGCUAAAGACAGAUCUUCUGCAACACUGUUUCUAAAUUCAUGCAGUUCUAAUUAAUGAACUGGCACAGUAGAGCCUCUAGCAUCUCGAACAAUCAGACAGUACACGCAGCAAAUGCUGACUCUGUUCUGUGUGUCCAUUUAAGCUCUUCAUGGACUUACAUUUAGGUUGAGUUCAUUCAUUGGAUCCAUUGAUUCACAUCUGAUGACAGAAGUAGUCCAGUUGUGAGUUUCACAGCUCUGGGUCACAGAGGAACACUUCUGAGCAGGUAGAGUGAGUCUGUGAUCAUGGGGAAUACAGUGUCCUGUUGCGUGUCCCCCAGUGGAAGCCCAAAACUGCCCCGACAUGUGGAGUGUCUGGAGGAAUAUCAGAUCAAUACAGACCUGAGUGAUGACACCGGUCCAUAUCUGCAGCAUAUCAGUGACCGAGAGGUUCCCGACGAUUUGGCAUUAGAUUCCAACCCCUCAGAUCAUGCCCGGGCCAGCACGAUUUUCCUUAGCAAGUCACAGACAGACGUUCGGGAUAGGAGGAAAAGCAAUCACAUAAAUCAUGUCUCCCCUGGUCUGCUCUCAAAGAAGUACAGCUCCUGCUCAACGAUAUUCAUUGAUGAUAGUACAGUUAGUCAGCCAAACCUUAAAAGCACAAUCAAAUGUGUUACAUUAGCAAUAUAUUAUCACAUUAAAAACAGGGACUCUGAUAGGUCAUUGGAAAUCUUCGAUGAAAAAAUGCAUCCCUUAUCUAGGGAACAGGUUCCUGAUGAUUACUCCCGCACAGACCCCGAACACAAACUCAUUUAUCGAUUUGUCCGGACACUGUUCAGCGCAGCACAGCUUACGGCUGAGUGUGCAAUCGUCACUCUGGUAUAUUUGGAGAGGCUGUUGACGUAUGCCGAGCUGGACAUUUGCCCGUCUAACUGGAAGAGGGUUGUGUUGGGAGCAAUCCUGUUGGCCUCGAAAGUCUGGGACGAUCAGGCUGUGUGGAACGUAGACUACUGUCAGAUUCUCAAAGACAUCACAGUUGAGGACAUGAACGAAAUGGAGCGACAUUUUCUGGAGCUGCUGCAGUUUAACAUUAAUGUCCCAGCCAGCGUCUAUGCCAAGUAUUACUUUGACUUGCGCUCUUUGGCAGAUGACAACAAUUUGAGCUUCCCCUUGGAGUCUCUGAGCAAUGAACGAGCACAGAAAUUAGAGGCAAUCUCAAGACUAUGUGAGGAUAAGUACAAGGAUUUGAGCAGGGCUUCCAUGAGGAGAUCAUUCAGCGCAGACAACCUAAUUGGCAUUCGCAGAUCCAAUGCCAUUCUCUCUUAGAGCUUUUCCUCAGAAACAUCACCGUUCCAAUCCAGAGCUCAAUGGACAAAACUUGUUCUGCAGUAUCUCACCACCUUUGGUUGCAAUGUUACACCAGCCAACAGACCCUACAUACACUUUACCCAACCAAUGCAGAACAACAUGGAGACAAAAACAGACUGAACUAUUUUUUUUUUGCUUACUAUGUAGGCUGCUAGCUGUGAACUUUGUCAGUUUUUAAUUGAAAUCAUUUGCAGGAGUAUUUUAAAUAAACACUAAUCAUGUAACAGGUCUUUGAAGAAUGUGUUUUAAAGGUCACUU